UAUGUGCAUGUGUGCGUGUGCAUGUGCGUGUGUGCAUGUAUGAGCGUGCGUGCGCGCGCCGUGCAGUGCUCCCUCGUACGGACGCACAGACUUUGGGAAACUUCCCUGGUGGUGACCGUGGGCUGGGCAGUUCUGUCUCGUUACAGCCUUCGGCCUAAGCCCUUGCCUGACCCUGAGCAUGCGUUCCCGGAAGUGCAGCCGCCGCGGUCAGUGGCGUGUUCCUGGGUAACUGGUCGCCGUCUCAGUGGCCCCUGCGGGGGCCGUGCCGACACCUCCCAGCAGCGUGGGGACGACACACGGACGGCGCCGGUUCCCUGCGGACUCCGAGGUCUGACGGGAGCAGGUUUCCGAGGUUGGAAGGAAGUGACUUCGCUGUUUAAUGACGACGACGAGGAGCACCUGCUGGGAAGAUGCAAAUCUCCCAAGUCCAGGGGAACCAGCUUACGGUUGAAGGAAGAGCUGAAGACGGAGAAGAAGUCUGGGUUUUGGGACAAUCUCGUCUUAAAGCCGAACACACAGUCCAAGAAGCCGGAUGAGAUCGAGGGCUGGGAGCCCCCCAAGCUUGCUCUCGAAGACGUGGCGGCCGAGUCGGGCCCCCUGAGCGAC